AUGACAAACAAGAAACUCCUCGUCGUGUUUGGAGCUACGGGAAAGCAGGGAGGCUCCGUCAUCAACUCCAUUCUCAGCGACGAGAAGGCUGCAUCGCAGUUCUCUGUCCGUGGAAUUACCAGAGACCCGUCAAAGGCUUCCGCCCAGGCUCUGGCUAAAAGAGGCGUUGAGUGUGUCAAGGCUGAUCUCAAUAGUAAAGAUUCAGUUACUGAAGCUCUCAAGGGCGCAUACGCCGUCUAUGCUGUGACCAAUUUCUGGGAGACUGGAAGUGCUGAUACAGAGAUCCAGCAGGGAAAGAACAUUGCUGAUGCUGCCAAAGCGAACGAUGUCCAGCAUUUGGUCUGGAGUAGUUUGAUCAAUGUAACUCAAGUAUCUGGUGGAAAACUCAAAGGAGUCUCUCACUUUGACUCCAAGGCCACUGUAGAGGAAUACAUUCGCAAAAUUGGCGUUCCGGCCACCUUCUUCCUUCCUGGAUACUACAUGUCCAAUAUUCCUGGAGGGUCCCUGAACAACGCGGACGGAGUGUACAACUUCAAGAACCCAAUUCCAAACGACGCUCCCAUUCCCCUUUUCGAUACUGGCCGAGAUACGGGAAAGUUUGUCAAGGCCAUCCUGCUUAACCGUGAAAAGGUACUUGGCAAGCAGAUAUACGGUGCCACUGAUUACUAUACUCCAGACCGCAUAGUUGCCGAGUUCCAAACCGUCAAGCCACAGGACGGUAAGGGCGGUGCUGCCAUUCAGAUUUCGGACAAGGAUUUCAAGGAUGCAUUGCCAGAGAAAGCUCGGGAAGAGAUGCUUCAGAACAUGCAGCUUUUGUAUAUGUAUGGAUACUAUGGGGGUGCAAGCCUAAAGGAGAGCCUUGCGCUUCUUGAUGAACCACCAACAACCUGGAAGGAAUUUAUCGAACAAGAGCCCGCGUGGGCUAAUCUUAAGUAA